AUGGAAAAUUGUCUCAAAUGUGAAGACACUGAGUGGCCAAAUCAGGAGAAGACCCUGUGUAUUGAGAAACAAAUUGAAUUUCUUUCCUAUGCUGGUGAUCCCCUAACUCUAAUCUCUAUUAUCUCAUCUAUAAUCCUUUUUAUAAUAGCAGCAGUUAUACUGGGAAUCUUUAUUUCAUUCCGAGACACCCCAGUAGUGAGAGCCAAUAAUCACACUCUGAGCUUUAUUCUCCUUGUCUCCAUCAAGCUGAGCUUCCUCUCUGUGUUUCUGUUCCUCGGUCGCCCUGUGGAUAUAACCUGCAUGCUCCGGCAAACCUCCUUUGGGAUCACCUUCUCCAUAGCUGUGUCUUGUGUCCUGGCCAAGACUCUCAUGGUUUCCAUUGCAUUCAAAGCCACCAAGCCUGGGAGUCCCUGGAGAAAAUGGGUUGGGGUAAAACUGGCAAAUGGGCAUGUUUUUAUUUGCUCAUUAAUUCAGUUUCUGAUUAGUGUUAUCUGGUUGGUCAUUGCACCCCCUUAUGUAGAGAAAAACUUUCGUUCUGAACCUGGAAAAAUCAUCAUUCAGUGCAAUGAGGGCUCAGCCAUUGCCUUCUACAUUGUCCUCUCCUACAUGGGACUGUUGGCAUCUGUGAGCUUCAUUGUAGCUUUCUUGGCUCGGAGCUUACCGGACAGUUUUAAUGAGGCCAAGUACAUCACUUUCAGCAUGCUGCUCUUCUGCAGUGUUUGGAUCACAAUGAUCCCGGCCUAUCUGAGCACCAAAGGCAAAUACAUGGUGGCAGUGGAAAUAUUUGCCAUCAUCUCUUCAUCCUGUGGCCUUCUCUUCUGUAUAUUCCUACCCAAAUGUUACAUUAUUUUAUUCAAACCAGAGAUGAACUCAAAACAAUAUUUGUUGGGAAAAUCUGUAUGGGUAACUCCCUGCAGUACUGAGCUGAGUGGGUCAGACUCACCGUGCCGCGGUCACAUCACCAAGCCUGAGUAUGAAUACAAAUACAUUCAGGAUGGAGAUAUCAUCAUUGGAGGAGUGUUCACUGUGCACAAUAACAUGAAAUAUGUUUAUAAUGGACCUGUUACAUCCUUACCGGUCUGCACAGAGCCUUCUUUAGAUCUGUAUAAGCAAAUCCGCACCUUCCUCUUUGCUAUUGAUGAGAUUAACAGGAACCCGGAUCUGUUACCCAACAUCACCCUGGGAUACCGUGUAUAUGAUUCCUGUGGGGAUCCCCGUCUCGCUAUAGGGAGUGCCCUGCAGAUAUUAUCUGGCCCUGGGAAUGUGGUGCCUAAUUACUCCUGUAGGGGCAAAGGGGAAAUUGCUGGAUUUAUUGGAGAUCAGUCCUCACUCACAUCCCUGCCUAUAGCCCAGCUGCUGGGUGUAUAUGGAUACUCACAGAUCAGCUAUGGCGCCACAGACCCUACACUGAGUGACAGAGAGAUGUUCCCAUACUAUUUUAGUACAGGGCUGAGUGAUGAUAUUCAGCACAUUGCUGUGGCAGAGCUGGUGGAACAGUUGGGUUGGACCUGGGUGAUCAUUGUGGCCCCCGAUAAUGACAGCGGAGAGAAACAGAGUCGGAACCUUCAAAAUGAGAUCAGCAAACAUGGCGCCUGUGUUGACAUCAUUAUCUUUAUUACAGAAGAUGCUGACACAAAUAAGAGAAAUCUUGAAAGAAUCCGAAUAUCAACUGCUGAGGUUAUUGUCCUGUGUGGGACACCGUCUGAUUCAGUACAUCUAUCACUAUGCGCUCAGGAGUCAGGGAUUCAUGAAAAGACUGUGGUGGUUACAUUGUCAUGGGGAGAAACUUACAAUAGUUGUUACUUGUUAUAUAAUGCCAGUUUAAUGUAUAUCUAUCCAAAUUACCCAAUUGAAUUAUUAGAUACCCAGUUCCAUGAUUAUAUCUUAUCAGUUACUGAAGACACCACAUUUCUUAAAGAGCUUCUGUCACAUUAUCCCUCAUGCUGGGAACAAGAGAAUAUUAAUAAAACUUAUUUUAUGAACUGCACUGAGAGUAAAACUUUAAAAGAACUGGAAGUUUAUUUCAGGCACAAUGCGGAAGUGUACAGAUCAGUAUAUACAAUGGUACAUGCCCUGCACACUAAGCUCUCUGUAUCUGUAACACACAGGGAUAAAUACAUCCCAAUAAACACACAUGGGGAGCAGUUUCUGUGA